ACAAACACUGUCAGUUACAGAAAAACUGCUUGUCAGCAGCUCUGCAGCAGCUUUGGUGCAUUUAUGUCCUUUCCAGUGAUGGUAAACGUCGCACCAAGAUAUGUUUUGCUUUACAAUAGAGUAUUUAAAGAACUGAAACGUGUAAAGAACCGCCCAUCAGGCUCUGGAUGAAGAGGAGGCCAGAGCUAUUUGCUGAGGAGGACAAGGCGACUGAAGAACAGAGACCGCUGUCAGCAGCAGUACAGAGAAGGGUCAGGCAGAGAUAAAGCACUACAGAGGUCCUCCUCCUACGCUGACCUCAGUGAGUCCAGUAACCUGGUGAUGGGACAUGACGGACAAGUCAGAAACAAUAGUUUCUGACUUGGCAGAGCAAACAUGUUCUACUGAUGGGGACAAUAUCCGCCAGGAGCGGGCUUGGCGGUUGCCUGAAAAAGCGGACAUGUUGAUUGAUUUUUAAGAAUUUCUGAACGAUGUAAAGGUCUUACAGUGGAUUUAUACUCAUACAGAGUGGAUAUGACGCAUCAGUAUAAAUCCUACUUUAAGUAUGCAGCAGUGAGCCUUAUGUACUGACUUGCAGCCGUUCAUUUUUCACUGUAUUGGUCACAUUUUGCUCUUUUGUGCUCUUAUAUACUGUUGGAGCUGCAGUGGCUCAGGAUACAAGGCAGUUGUGGUAAUCUGAAGACGGACAGUUUGAUUUUUGCGCAGUAAAAAUGUAAUUUAAUGAUGCUUCAUAAAAUUGGUAUCAAAAAAGUAUAGUUCAGGAACCAGUGUCAAAGUCAAGGUAUCGAAAUUUUAGAAUGAUACCCAUGCCUAGUGGGGAGAGAGGGCGGACCCACCGAUCUGAGUGGGUUAGUGACAGUGAGGAGUGUCAGCAUUUUACCCAAAGUUGAAUAUUUUCCAACUUUCAGCGACCAUGACGUAGGACAACCACUGCUCCACCCAGCUUAGUCUUGGCAAGGUGCUGGAAACAUCAGCAAUCACCAGCCGUACAGCAUUAGAGCGGACUCACAUCUUACAGCUGGCUUGUUGGACAACAACACUGUCUGUGAUGAGAGAUCAACAUUGGGUCCAAGUCCCUUAAGGAACCCAUCACACACACUUCACAUUGCCUCAAGGGAUCAAGGACUGGUCAGAAGCUGCUGACAGUAGGCCUUGGGAGCGUGACACCUGUCUGAGUGAAUUCCUCCUGCUGAAACCAUGCAGUGGAGACGACGCCACUGCUGUACACACACAGCUAAAUUUCUCUAUCUCCUCACACUGUUGGGUCUGUUGGUCUUUCUGGUCCAACAGGUGUGGCUGCCUAAGCUCACAGGUAUGCCACGGUGGAGAGGCCACCCUGUGGUGUACGGAGGGGGUGAACUGCAUACCACCAAAGCCAAAUGGAACAUGAGCGCCCCACAUUCAGCGUGGAGGUUUGUCAUCGUCCCUCAGUCGACUUUCAAGGCUGAUACUAACAACAGCUCCCCUGAGAAGGUGGGUGUCUCCUCACUUCAAGGAGACCCAACUUUUGAAAGCACACCAGCAGCCAACACUAGCCAAAGUGUAGAGGGAGACCUUCGUGACAAUGUAACCCAUGGGCCUUUCACUUAUAUCAUCAACGAGCCAGACAAAUGUGUAGACAGCGGACCUGCGCCUUUUCUGGUGUUGCUUAUAGCCACUGAGGCUCGGCAGGUGGAGGCAAGAAAUGCCAUACGGCAGACGUGGGGGAACGAGAGCGUGGCUCUAGCUCUGGGAUUCAUCCGGCUGUUUCUGCUGGGGAAAAAUGAGGGAGAGCUGGGACUUCUACAGCAACGGAUGCUAGAAGCAGAGAGCCGGAGGCACCACGAUAUCAUUCAGCAGGACUUUCUGGAUUCCUACAAAAACCUGACCAUUAAGACAUUGAUGGGAAUGAACUGGGUGGCAAUGCACUGCCCAAAAGCCGGCUACGUCAUGAAGACUGACAGCGACAUGUUCGUCAACACGGAGUACCUCAUUUACAAGUUGCUCAGACCAGAACUGCCGCCUAAGAAGAACUACUUCACAGGCAAUAACAUGAGAGGCUUUGCACCCAACCGAAACAAAAACAGCAAGUGGUACAUGCCCCCUGAGCUGUACCCAGGUGAGAAGUAUCCCACCUUCUGCUCUGGGACUGGUUACGUCUUCUCUGGAGACUUGGCGAGGAAGAUCUAUGGCGUAUCGCUGAGAGUCAGCCGCCUGCAUCUGGAGGAUGUGUAUGUGGGAAUAUGUCUGGCUGAGUUACGAAUCGAACCCACUCCUCCGCCCAAUGAGUUCCUAUUCAACCACUGGCGGGUGUCUUAUUCCAGCUGCAAAUACAGCCAUCUCAUAACAUCGCAUGGGUUUCAUCCCAACGAGCUACUUAAAUACUGGCAUCACCUGCAGAGCAACAAACGCAACGCCUGCAUCAACCCAAUGAGAGGAGGCAGGGCACACUCAGGCAGAGUGUACAAAGAGAGACAAGCACAGUAACUGACAGAUAUCAAUGAACUCCACUUGUCACAAGCUCCUUGUUAGAUGCAAAUAAUGUUUUAAUCUCAGACCGUUCUGUUCUUAACAUCAAGGGAUUAAUCCAAACUUUAUCCACAUACUCACUAAAAUACAAAUUCUACAUCAAUGUUGUGUGAAAAAUCUACAGCUAUUGCCAAUUUUGUAUAAAAGAGAUUAAAAUGUUUCUAUGUCUGGGACAAACCACUGGAGAUUUUAUGUACAGUUAUAUUUUACAACAGAGUGAGCUGUGUUUCUCUGUGGUGCAAAGGCUACUUUUUUGUAAUGAUGUGAGAUCUACUGUCUGUGUUUUAUAUAUGCUGCCUUACAAGUACGGGCCACUCUAAAACUAGAGUGGACAGGGUACAGUGCCAAUAAAUGUUUCCACGUGUGUAGCAAAAAGUCAAUCAAGUCAUUUCAAAAGACACGAAAACAUGAAGUCAGAUACUACAGAUUGUUGCAUAUCGACUUGGGAAUUCUUGUGUGUCAAAUGACCAGAAUGUAUUGCAAUAUAAAUUCUGGAAAUUACAUAUAAAAGUUCAUUUAAGGUCAAAGCACGAAAU